CUCAGAGGAGCCCAAGGUUGGGAUAAAGACAAUCAAGAUGUACUGCCAAAGAAUGCAGGAAGAGAACAUCACCAGGGCUCUGAUUGUGGUGCAGCAAGGCAUGACUCCCUCAGCAAAGCAGUCGUUGGUGGACAUGGCUCCCAAAUACAUCCUGGAACAAUUCCUGCAGCAGGAGCUGCUGAUCAACAUCACAGAGCAUGAGUUGGUUCCAGAGCACGUGGUCAUGACAAAGGAAGAAGUAACUGAAUUACUGGCCAGAUAUAAACUGAGAGAGAACCAGCUCCCCAGGAUACAGGCUGGAGAUCCCGUGGCCAGGUACUUCGGAAUAAAGCGAGGGCAGGUGGUCAAGAUCAUAAGACCGAGUGAAACUGCCGGGCGAUACAUCACCUACCGACUGGUUCAGUAGUCUGUGCUGUACAUCAGGUAUGGAAGAGGAAUCCUGUGUUAUCUGAUCUACGACUCUCUGGGUUGUCUGUCAUCUUAAAUCCAGAUCCUUGAAUGUGAUUUCAAGUCAUAGCACUAUUGCAGGGCCUUAGCUCUUCCUUUGCGCUCGCUUACCCCUCUCUCACUCCCUGGAGGCCUCCUGCCUGGACUGAAGCUCAAUUCCAUGGGCUAUUUAAUUUAAUUUUGAACGGAAUUUUAUUUUAAUAAAGGUUUGUGCUACA